CAUGGCUGCUUCUACCAGAAUUACACUGCACUUGAUUCUACCUAAAAAUGAAGAGAGAAUGAACCAAACUUUAUAAUUUAAUCGUUAUUUUAGUUGUAAUGAAUUACAAGGUAUCAGAUUGACAGAAAAACAAAACCACUAAACAAGGAGCAAUGGCACGGAGGCGGAAAAGUACGGGAAAUGCAAAACCGAAAACGGAAUCCAGGAAUUCCCCAGUUGAAGUUAAUAAUAUAGAAGACGGGGAGAAAAAUGCAAUUAAUAGCAAUGUAUCUCCUUGUUCUUCUAAGCUUAAACAAGAAAGUCAUAAUCAAAUCUUAUCUGAUAAAAAUAAUGAAAACAGCACCAAUAAAGAUCAGAGCAAAAAUAAUUUAAUGCCGUUAGAUAUUCAACAAAUGAUUUUAGGAGAUCUUCAAAAUGUGGGACGUGGGGAUGAAAUUAUUGUAAGUAGAGAAGAAGCUGGUGACCUUUCCGAGGAUACAGGUGAAUUUGUUUGCGAAAUGGAAGCAGAAGUGGAAACUACUAGGUUAGAAGAAUAUGAAAUUCACACAGAAGAAGAUGAAGAAGAAGAAUUGGUUUUGAUGAAUGAUGACGAUGACGGUGAAGAAAAUCAGUAUGUAAUUGUGAUCAAUAAUACCGAUGAUGAAGGGUUUGAGGUGACCGACGAAACAAGCCAGGAAAUCGUAAGCAUCCACAAUUUAGCCGAUUUACAAGAAGGAUCUUGUGAAAUAAUUACUGUUGUGAGAGAAAGUGAUUACGACAGUAGUCAGGAGUCUGUAGACGGAGCCGAGGAGAGUUGUGGUGAACAUAAUAUCAACGCAGUUAUAGGUACUGUGGAUGGAAUACACUGUGUAAACUUUUCACAGUACCAGUCUGACGACGAGAACUCUAACCAUGAAGAAAAUUUAGAAAAUCAAGAUAUUCAAAUCAUAGAACAUGAAUCAGAAGUUAUUCAUUUGAAUAAUGGAAGUGGCUUUGCUGAAGAUCAAGAAAUUAAAGUUAUAGAAAUAUCUCGGCCAGAUGUUGAAUUGGCUUGUGUUCACGAUAAAGAGCAUACCAGUAAAAGCCCUGAUGAAAGAUCUAGCAAUUUUCAAAAGUAUGAAAUUGAUGAAGACAAUUCAAUUGCUGAAUCUAAAAUGCAAGUUGAUGAAACAUCUCACAAAAUCGAAAUAGAUGAUGUUAAUUGUAAUGAAGGUGUUCAAUUAGAAUUAUCAAGUGAAUGCAAAGAUGAAAGUUUAUCAAAUAGUUUAUCCCCAAUAGUAAAUAGGACUAAAUUAGAAUCCUUAUCCGACAGUGAAAAAGAUAAGUUCCUUAAUAGUAUCAACACCCCUUCAAUUUCCGAGGUAAAAAAUGAACAAAUUGUUACUGUUGAUAAGGAAAAAAAAUCUAAAAGUAAGGACAUCCAACCACCAGAUAGUAGUAGGUCUAAGAGAAUUAGAGAAACAAGAAGAGGAAGGGGUAAAGCAAAAUCAAGUACAAAUCAAAAUUCUAAUUCUAUAAGAUUAGAUUCAGAAAAUGAAAUGUCAUCCGUAAAAGUGGAAUCUAGCGCCAACAGCAAAAGGUUUAUUGGCAACAUUCAAGAACACAAAGUUACUAGCAAUUGCCUGACUUCUGAAAUUGUAUCUUGUGCAAAUUCACCUGUGGACAAUUUAGAUUCUACAAUUCCUAAAAAAGAAAAUGUCUCCAGUUCUUCCAGUGAGUUUUUUGUAAGUCAAACACUUAACGAUAGAUCAGAUUCAAAGCAAGAUUCAAUCAAAGAAGAACCUGUGUCAAGGGAAGAAGAUGAUAAACAAAAUUCGUUCCGCAGUCGAAGUGGAAGCACAGACACAACAGGUUCGGAAAGUGGUUCUAACUCCAGUUCGAGUCGGAGGAGAAGUGGCCGAAUUCGUUCAAUCGGUAUUUCAAAACAUGAGCAUUUAAAGCCUGCUGGUGUAUCUUCAGUGCCUGUCGUAACGAGCACUACCACUCCUCCAGUCCCUGGGUAUGAGCCAGAUAAACCUGUGAAGGUGAAGUCACGCUGGAGGAGAUCUAGUGAGUUGGAGAUGGGCUCAAGCAACCGACGCCAACAGGAACCUGAGGUGAUAAACUCCGUUUUCCGUCUAGCAGACAUACCGGAGAAUAUCGCUACACCUCCUCAUAGACCUUCUCAGCCCACAACUCCUCCCGAUACUCCACCACCUGACAAAGAUGUGGAAGAUAUCCUUGCUCAAUUCCAACAAUUGGAUAGCAACGAAUACCUCACUGAAAGGUUAAAGAGCAAAGAAGCCAAGAGGAUGGUAUGUGAUUGCACGUUGACCAAAGAGGAAAUAGCAAGAGGAGACAUGGGAUGUGGCGAAGACUGCCUCAACCGACUGCUAAUGAUCGAGUGUGGUGCUAGAUGCAUGCUUGGAGAACGUUGUGCCAACAAGAGGUUCCAAAAUUUGGAAUAUGCUAAGUGUGAAGUGUUCAAAACAGAGCUUAAAGGAUUUGGACUGAAAGCUCUAGAGGAUAUUCCUAUAGAUACUUUUUUGUUGGAAUAUGUUGGGGAAGUACUGGAUCCUAAGGAGUUUCGGAGAAGGGCCAAAGACUACGCUAAAGACAAAAAUCAACAUUUCUACUUUAUGGCUUUAAAAUCGGACUCCAUAAUUGAUGCUACUCAGAAGGGGAACAUAUCACGGUUCAUCAACCACAGCUGUGAUCCAAAUGCGGAAACCCAGAAGUGGACCGUUAAUGGGGAACUGAGAGUUGGAUUUUUUAGUAAAAGGCAAAUCUCUGCCGGUGAAGAAAUCACGUUUGACUAUCAGUUGCAGCGCUAUGGUAAAGAAGCGCAACGUUGCCACUGCCAGACAGCUCAGUGUCGAGGCUGGAUUGGUGAAGACCCGGAGAAAGAAAACAAGUGGUCUGAUAUCACCGGGAAAAGCAAAGAACGGAAAGAAAAGGAGAGGAAGAAGAAAGAGGAUAGGAGAAAAGAAAAAGACAUGUUAAAUGAUAUUGAUCUGGAAGAGGAGAUAGAGAAGCUGGUGCUGAAAAACCGAGCCCAGACGUUGCUGCUGUGUCGGCUGAUGGUCCGAGCCGAGGACCACGAACCGCGCGCUCAGCUGCUCAAUAUUCUGCGGCUCGGAGAGACUGCGUGUCUGAGACUGUUCCUGGACUACCACGGACUGAGGCUCAUCUGGAGCUGGAUGAUGGAUCCGGCCACCGACUCUCGACUCAAGAUUGACAUUUUGGAAACUCUGGCCAAACUACCCAUACAAAACAAGACGAUGCUGCAAGACAGCAAGGUUCUGAGUGUGGUGGAAAAAUGGUCGACCAGCGGACAGGCUGUGACUGAAGCCAAAGACAGAAGUUCAACGGAAGAUGAAUCGGACAAAGCAGAUACGGAAAACCCAACCAAGGGGAGUGAACCGGAAAAGAAUUCUGACGACUCCAAUCAAAUCAAAUUGGAAGAAACAGAAGAGCAAAAAGAGAGUAACAGGAAGAAAAUUGUUGAGCUUGCAAACUUUUUGUUACAAGAGUGGGCGUCCUUGAAAGAAGUGUUUAGGAUACCAAAGAAGGAGCGCAUCGAACAAAUGAAGGAGCAUGAGAGGGAAGCGGAUCGAAUAGUAUGCAGAGAUAGCUCCGUUGAAAGUAAAGACAAAUCAUAUGAGAGACAUUGGAGCCGAAAUGAUUACGACAGGCGAGAGAAGGACAAAGAUCGUAAACGGGGAAGAGGAGAUUCCCCCGACUCUGAUAAAUCAAGAAAAGCUGCCAAAACCGACGACAGACAAUCUCACCUGAGCAAAUUGGAGAGAAGACAGCUGUUUGCCAUCAAAGCUGCUCAGGAAGAGGAAGAAAGGCUGAGACGGCAACAGGAGAAUAUGUGGCAGGAGCAAGUUCAACUGGCGGCCCAGGAGUUGGCAGCUCAACAAGCUAACAACUUUGCUCCUCCAGGCUUUCCUCAGCAUCAGUGGAUGCCUUAUCCACCUGAUGGGAACAUGCUACCUCAGCAGCAUAUGGAAGGACAGCCCAUGUUUGGCCCAGGUCAACCUCCGCCUUUCUUCAACCAGAAUGGACCUCAUCCUCCGUUCUUGGAUCCCAACCACAACUCCUUCCACAACAUGUUCGCUCACCCUCCUCCGCUGCCUAAACAACCCCUGUUGCCCACUCCCAACCAUCAAUCUUUAUUAAGUAAUCCUCCUUUGCCUAAUCAACCUCUCAUCCCUAAUCAACCUCUAAUCCCUAAUCAACCGAUGUUGAACAAUCCUCCUCUGCCGAGUCAGCCAUUUAUACAAAAUCAGAUUAUGACGCCUCCGCUUCCGAAUCAACCUCACCCAAUGAAUAUUCCUUUCCAACCUCCAUUACCCAACCAACCGCCUCCGUCCCAACCAGUCACGUAUCCUGUACACGAGGUUAGUGCUCCUCAGCAAUUCCAGAAUGUACCUCAACCGCAGUUUUCCCAGCCCCCGCCUUUCACCUCCCAACCGCCUCUUCCUACUCAAGCUCCUACUCCUAAUCCUGUUCCUGUUUUCCAGGCGUCACUCCCUGCGCAGUUCCCCACCACGGCCGUUGUGCCGGUCACCACUGCUGCAGCCUCUCCCGUUCCUUUGUACCUUCCUGUCAAAUUGCCUCCUAAGUGGAAGAGUGCGAAGGACGCGGAGGGUCGCACAUACUACUAUCAUGUCAAGACAAGGGUGUCUCAGUGGGAACCGCCGUUGUGGGACUACCAGCAACAGACGGUCGUUCAAGAGUCUGAGUCGGAGAGCGACUCGUCGGACAGCGAAGAUGAAGAUUCAUCGUCGGCUGAUGAGAAGGAAGACGAGGAUAAGAUGGAGGAGGAGGUAGAACAAACUGAAGUUAUGAACGACGAUGACCUCGGCUGUGAAGAGUUAGCCGAUUCUCCGUAUGAACCUGAGACCAUGGAGUUACUAGAAGACAUCGAGGAGGAUCCUAAGAAGAAGCGGAAAGAUGUUUUAGUUCAAGAAAGAAUCAUCAGUCCAAGAACUGCUGAUGAAAUCCCCGACAAAAUUGAUAAGAAGAAAAUCCGUGAACUUAAGGAAAAGUUACGCCGUCAAAAAGCCAAAGAAAAACUACGUCAAAAGCAAAAGAACAAAUCUAAAAACCGAAGUGGAACUAGUAAGUGUGAAGCGGACACUUCCAGUGAGCCGGGGAGGAAGAUCAAAGAUGCAUUCAGACUGAAUAUGGCCGGAGUGAUUGUGCAUUAUCUCAAUGCAUACAGGAAGCCUGACUGCAAGAUGGGUAAAAUAUCCAACACGGAGGACUUUAAACACCUGGCAAGGAAGCUGACACAUUUUGUGAUGCUCAAAGAGCUGAAACACUGUCGCAGCGUAGACGAGUUGGAAUGUAAUGAUAAUGUUAAACACAAAGCUAGAGACUUCAUCAAGAAGUACAUGUCUAAGUUCGGGACAACGUAUUCACGACCCGAUGACGAUUGACCUUCAAUACUAGACUUAGUUCCUUCUGCCCCUUGUACAAACUUGUAAUAUAUUGUGUUCAUUUUUUUAUCAGACGCUUAUACCACUUUGUAAUUUACAUCGAUGCAUGGCAAUUUUAUCAUGAAACCAAUAUACUGUUUCUGUUCAGCAUGGCAUUUUUACCAGACGUUGUUUUAUAAAUUGUUUUUUGAUCAAUGUUAUUUAUUAAGUAUUUAUAAAUUAUUAGGACGAUCAUUUUGUUACAGUUAUCAAUUAAGAAUAAGGUUUUUGUUGUUUGUAAUAUUUGUAAAUAUGUGCAUGUGUGAACUGAAGACUCGUCAUCAUGUUUUUAUAAUAUAAUUAAAAAUUCAUCUGUGUAAUUAACACUUUAUUUGUAUUAAAUACAUUUUUAUAAUGUUUACGGUAUUUCUUUCAAUGAAAAUGUUAUGUAUAUUUUUCCACUAGGCACAGUAGGUCGUUGUGAAUUGAUUGACUAUACAGUAUCUAUUAAGUCAUAUUUCAUGAGAAAUAUAUAUUUUAAUCAAA